ACGAAAUUGAACAUUGAAAAUCGGUAUCCAAUAAAACAUAGAUCUUCAAAAAUGGAUUCGCAAGACAUUUUAGCACGUGAGAAUGAAUUUAAAAAACUAAACAAGCAAUUGGAAAAGAAAACAGAAAGUCUUAUGAAAGAAAUAGAACACGUUAUGCAAAAACAAGACACAUUUCAAGAUGUGUCACACAACCUGAGGUUAACACCUUCACCGAAAAAUAUAAGAAAACAUUGCUGUGAUUCUACGAGAACUAUAACACCCCAUAGUGGAGAUAAACAAAAUAAACCUGGAAAUUCAACAUCUAAAAACAAACAAAAAGAAAAACUUAACAAUCAUAAUGAGAGGACAAAUACACUUAAUUCCUAUAGAAACCAAGAACAAAAUAAUUGUGACACAAUCCCACAAAAUAAUUACAACAGUACCGGACAAAUGUGUCACAAUUGUAUGUUUAAUGAAAAUGGUACAUUAAAUAAUGAUAUAGAAUUCUUACAUGCCUUUGUUUCCAUUAACAUUGAUGACAAAAUACUGCCCCAGACAUUUAUAAAAGAGCGCGUGUCGGUGGAGCGAGUGUGCAAGUUCUUGGCGGCCAAGGUGAAGCUGUUGCAGGAGCAAGUGGACAAGAUGCAGGCAGCUCUUGACAAGAAGGGCGCACAGUGCGAGGGUCACCUGGCGCAGCUGGCGGGGCUGGAGGGCGAGCGGCUGGCGCAGCUCAGCCAGACCAAAGCCGCGCGCGCAGCCGCCGCCGACGCCAGGGCCAAGUGCGCCGCGCUGCAGGCUAAGUUAGACGAGAAGGAGCGUCAGUACAUGGAGGCGCGGGGCUGCGCGGAGCGGGCGGGGGCGGAGGCCCGGCGAGCGGAGAGCCGGGCGGGGGCGCUGCAGGCGCAGUGCCACGCCCACCAGCAGGCUCGACACACACUAGCACACCAGCUGGAGACUGCCAGGAUGGCCGAGAAGGAGUUGCGCGAGUCGAGCCGCGCGCUGUCAGCGGAGCAGCAGCGGGUGCGGGUGGAGCUGGAGGCGCGCUGGCGGGCGCUGGCCGCAGCCGCACACAGCCAGGCCGAGCUCGCAGACAACCUGCGCCGACAGAACGCGCUGCUCGCUGCGCACGCGCAACUAGACACGCUGGACAACGAGUACACCGCGUUAUUGAAUAAACACUCAUGA